GUUCCGCAUCCGGAUCCUGCCGCUCAGAGCCUCGGCCGAUGGAGUCGGCUCCGGAGCCGGUGUUCGGCGGGGGCCGGGCUCUUGAAUGAGGAGCUCGGCGCGGCCGCUCUUUCCCUUUCGCCUCGCGCCCUCACUGCGGCCGGAGGAGGAGGAGGACCCCGCGGAGGAUGCUGCCGGCCCUGGCCGCCCAGCGGAGGGGCUGGGGCUGCUUCUACCAACUCCACCUGCUGCGGCGGAGGGGCCGAGGCGAGGCGGGGGGCUGCCGCGGGUGGCACGUGCCCCUUAAAUUUGGCAGUCUCUUGCCUGUGCUGCCAGGGAGUCGUCUGCCGGUUCAUUCAAGCCAAGUAAGAGUUUAUACCUCCGAUGGUCAGAAGGACCGCACUGGGGCACAAGAUGCAAGCUCCUCAGCUGCUGAAGGCAGUGCGCAGAAAACAGCAACAGCUAGCAGUCAAACGGCACCUUUGUCGCAAACCCCGAUUCAAGUGAAAGUGAAAGCUGUACUUAAAAAGAGAGAAUAUGGACCAAAAUACAUGAAGAAUAACUUCAUCACUGGUGUCAGAGCAAUAAAUGAGUUCUGCCUUAAGUCCAGUGACCUAGAUCAGCUCAGGAAAAUCAGGCGACGAAGCCCCCAUGAUGACACAGAGGCUUUCACUGUGUUUUUGAGGACGGAUGUGGAGGCAAAGUCUUUAGAAGUUUGGGGGAGCCCGGAAGCUCUUGCACGCGAAAGAAAAAGGCGUAAAGAAGCAGAAAUAGAAUACAGAGAGAAUUUGUUUAGAAACCAGCGGUUGUUGAAGGAAUACAAAGAUUUUCUAGGAGAAACUAAGCCACGUUCCAGCACAUCAACUAUGUUCCUGAGUGGACCAGGAAAAGUUGUCAUGGUUGCUAUUUGCAUAAAUGGUUUGAAUUUUUUUUUCAAGCUUCUUGCUUGGGUUUACACGGGUUCUGCAAGCAUGUUCUCCGAAGCCAUCCAUUCUUUAGCAGACACUUGCAAUCAAGCUUUACUAGCGUUGGGAAUCAGUCAGUCGGUGAGGACGCCGGAUCCCAGUCAUCCAUACGGCUUCACAAACAUGCGCUACAUUGCGUCCCUGAUCAGUGGUGUUGGCAUUUUCAUGAUGGGCGCAGGGCUUUCGUGGUAUCAUGGCAUCAUAGGUCUGUUGAAUCCUCAGCCCAUGGAAUCUCUUCUUUGGGCUUAUUGUAUUUUAGCAGGAUCACUGGUGUCUGAAGGAGCUACUCUUCUUGUAGCUAUAAAUGAAAUUCGAAGGAGUGCUCGGGCCAGAGAUGUAUCCUUCUACCAAUAUGUCAUGCAGGCUCGUGAUCCCAGCACAAAUGUUGUGUUGUUAGAAGAUACCGCAGCAGUUCUGGGUGUGACGUUAGCUGCUACUUGUAUGGGUCUGACUUCUUUAACAGGUAACCCAUACUAUGACAGUCUGGGGUCUCUUGGUGUGGGGACACUGCUGGGAGCUGUAUCGGCCUUCCUUAUUUACACCAACACUGAAGCUCUGCUGGGAAGAUCCAUCCAACCUGACCAGCUACAGAAACUUACUGAGUUACUGGAAAGUGAUCCUGCUGUAAGAGCCAUUCAUGAUGUGAAAGCCACAGAUAUGGGGAUGAGUAAAGUGAGAUUCAAAGCAGAAGUCGACUUUGAUGGACGGGUUGUUACUCGGUCUUACCUGGAGAAACAAGACAUUGAACAGCUGCUACAAGAAAUCCAGCAGGUGACGACUCCUGAAGAAUUAGAGAAUUUCAUGCUGAAACACGGCGAAAAUAUAAUUGACACGCUAGGGGCAGAAGUCGACCGGCUUGAGAAGGAGCUGAAGAAAUUGAACCCUGAGGUGCGCCACGUGGAUCUGGAAAUACUGUAGUCUUCACGGAAGCAGCUUUUAACGUCUUCCGGAUCAGCCGAACUGAGGAACGGGGCAGCAUCUGAAACUGCCAGGAUCUCAAAAGAUGUCAUCACCUUUCAGCUUUCCGACUUUCUCAGUGCUGGUUCUCCUUCCAGAGUGAACGGCUUCCUCUGAACUGGUUUUCCAGGACAGCUGGUUGCCGCCUGAAAGUGUAGCGGAGAGGAAUAUUUGGGACUGGAAACUUUUAAUUUAAAUAAGUUAUUGAAAUGUCAGUUUCUGAAAAUGCACACUAUAUAUUUGCUGCCCUAGACCAAGGUUUUGGAUCUUGUUUGCACAUUAGCUCCAAUGCAGCUGCUAUUUUUAAGCGUGUAUUAGAGUUCCAUGCCCAAUUUUAAAGGCUUCUUCCCUCCUUGAGUCAAAUGGCUGUGUUCCAAUUCUGUCGCCUUCUCUGGCUUUUCAUGUUAUGAACGUAAUGAGAAUUCUGUCCUUUCCCCCAGUAUCAUGAGCUGGUAACCUUCCUCCUUGUAGUGUUUUGAUGGUUCUUGACAAUUUGAUCAGACCCACUUGAGCGAUCCCAUUUGUUGUUCUAGAGCAAGCGUGCAGAGUAUAUGAGUUAAGUAGAAACUUGUCACAUGGCUCCUUCCUUACAUUAGCGUUGUGGUCCAAUAGUUGCUCCCAGCAAAGCCUGCAAAUAUUCCACCCGUUGAAUCGGGGGAAAUGGCAUUGUUUUGUAGCCACUGCUGUGUUGCGUCUCCCUAAUAGUUCAGCCUAAUCCCCUGGAUGAAAGUUGCAGGUUUCACUUGGAAUGGUGUGGGGGGGGGGGCAGUUGUGGUCUGGCAGCACCUUCUAUUCAGAAUCUUAGGGUGGUAUUAUUUUAUCAUCCAAUUGGUGUAGAACAUUUAGCAUGCUCUAAAAUGCAUUGAGGCUAUUUAUAAAGAGGCUCCAGAAUCCAAACAACUGUGCAACCAAUUCCAUACACCUAAGAUGACUUUAGACUUGUGUUUCUUAAACAGCAAACUGUUUUCAAAACAGAGGGUAGUUUAAAAAACAACAACAGCUUCACAAUAAUUUAAUGCCUCUGCUUUUUGAAGAAGAAUACACAGUCCAAAUCCCUCUAAAACAGCAUGAAGCGGAAUUGGAAGUAACCAUUUGGAUUCCAGCUAGAAUAUUUAUUUGUAACUUGCACUGCUUAUGUAGCUCUGAAUGGCAGGGUAUGGUUUAUAACAUGAAACUUCUCGCCUGUGGGGGAUAAAACAGUGACAGGUCACUUAAACAUAGAAAGUUCAGUACAGGGGCUUUGAAUAUUGUUUGCAAUGGGAGCCAGGAAGAAGCGGGAAUCCAGAUUGCAAGCUCUUGAGGCUGGGUGACAAUCCUGGCACUAUUUACCUUGGACGAAUUUUGUAAAAGUCAGAGGAAAUGUACUCUGAAGGUAAGUGGUAAGAGGGCUGUAACCUUUAUCAUUUAGCAGAGGCUAAAACUGAACAGGAAUCAUGCAGGUUUGGGGGCUGGUUCACAAAGGCACAUGCAUCACUCAGCAUUCGGUGUGUAAGCUAAAUUUGUUGCUAGGUAAUGUCAUGCAAUGUUGCCUGUCUUUAGUCUUGGAUCUGUGAUGACUUUGAUAGAAAUGUGUCACCAUUUGAUGUCUGCAAACAUGUGAUGUGCACACACGUGCCAGCCAGCCAGUAAGCGAAACUUCAGUGGUAACGUUGCCUUGUAAGGGAGGUACUUUAUGCACUUUAAAAAAUAGGAGUUGCUUAUUGGAACAACUUUGGCCGGAAGGCUGAAACCCCAGAUUCAGUGGCCUUGCACCGUGGAACAAUGAUGCAUAAACCUGCUGUGCAAUGCAAGAUAUGUGGAUAAUAUUUUUAUUAAAAAAAUUGUGCUGGAGACUAAAAUGGAUCAGCAUUUGCUUACUUUCUAAAUUGAAAAUGUUGCUUUUAAAAGUAAACAUAACUUAUGCCAAUAAAGGCCAAUAACAAAAGUAAAUUUAACUUUGAACUAGCAUGCCUCUUGACAACAUGAAAAUUAACAACAGCAUGCAUUUUUAUGGUACUGUUUUGGAUUUUAGGUUUCAGAAAUGUACAUAUUGUAAUUAGUAUGUAAUGAUAACUUUAUUACAUAAAUUUAGAAGUAAAGGCGCUCUUUGGUUUUUUUAAAUCUUGAUUUCUCAAGGGCAAUUUCUUAGUAAGUGCUGAAUGGCAGCUGAGUGUCCUCCUCACCCCCAAACUAUAUUAUGGGCAACCUGUUUUUCAAUCAUUUGCACUUCAGAUAGGCAUCUUCCAGCAUACAGGGAGCUUCUCUGCACACACAUCUGGCUAAAGAGGUAUGCACAUUAAAACAAACGGAGAUGUAACAUUCAGUUACGUAUGAACAUCUGUUGAAUGGUUCUGUCUGCUGAGAGUGUCUUAAGGGCACUUGCAGAACUCUAGAUCAAGAGAAGCGUAGGGAGGUUAAUUUCAAUGGGAACUUCAUUUCCUCGCAAAGUGUGCUUCAGGUGGGUUUGCAAAUGGGACACUCACUUGGUUACAUGUGGCCGGUAGGAAUCUCCUCUAGGCAAAUGGGCAGGGAAACUUAAAAUAAGUUAUGAUGCACAAUUAGCACUGGCCCAAGACUAGAUCUACAGAAUAUUUUUUAAUAAGACUGUAUGCAGAACUGGGGUUGUAUUUGGAACUUGUGUGUUUGUCUUCUGCUUUGUGGUCUUAGCUCUUUGAGCUGUUAAGAUGUGGUUGUUUUUGCCUACCUUUUUAUUGAGGCCAUGGGUGGUUCUGAUGUAGAGCAAGCAAGGCUAAUCUGUGGUCCUCUAGAAUGUUGCGGAACGCCAACAUGCGUCAUCCCCUGCCAGCACGGCCAAUAGUAAGGGGUGAAGGGGGCUGUAAUCCAGCAACAUCUGGAGAACCACACAUUCUGCAUCUCUGUUCUAGAAGCCUGAAGAGCCUUGGCUUAGGCAGCUGAAUGUCGAGUGGAGCAUGGCGGAACCUGAGAAUCGGAAUCCUGAAGGCCAUGAGCAACCACAGCUAAACGGCAUAAAUACUGGCUCAAUGCCGUGAGUUUUUGAAUGACACCUUGUGAGCAGUUCUGGAGAUUUUGGAUGGAUGAUAGCUGAAAUUUUUGAUAUUGCGCGUCACAGCGUAAUUUCUCUUUCCUGGGUAUAAUAUUUUAACAAGAUCUUUCCGAACCGUCUGUGAAAACCGUUAACGCCGGUUUUCGUGCAGUAUUGUAGUUAGUAUAGUAACUAGAUUGACAGGUUUUUGUGCUUUUGGUUUGAAAACAACAACGGGGAGUCCUGUGGCACUUUAAAACACAUUAUUAUAAUGACAUGCCCUUUCAUGGACUCUAGUCCACUCCAUCACAUAUUUUUGGUUUGUUUUCAUGAACGCAUUCGAUGUGGUUUCUAUGCAAAAGUAUUUUAAGAAAACACACCUUGAUUUUUCUUUUUCUCCAUCCGUGUACCAAUCAUAGCAGCCAGACCAAAUUUCAGGAUAUGUAUUUAUGUUUUUAGCCAAACAAGCUUCAUCUGGUGUACUAAAGACAUGGAAUAAAAUGGUGAAUCUGCA